AUGGCGACGGUGGCUGCUUCCAUUUCGGGUUGCCUCUCUUCAUCCCAAUCCUUCGUCCUGCACGAGCUUAGAGGUAUGGCACUCAACAUCCUCCACUCAUUUAUGAUACUUUUAUGUGGGUCUAAGUAUUAGGUUUCCGGAUAACUUUUCUGGGAUUUUUAACCUAUAUCGCCUCUUCUUCUGCUCGCAAUAGCAGGGGCUCAGAUCGGAUCCGGGAGGCCGGCAGAGGUUUCCGCGGUGAUCACCGGCCGGAGAAGGCCACUGGUUCGAUUGAUGGAAGGGGUGGGGCCGAGGAGAGGGAGAGGCUCGGUGGCCCCGCGGGCGGCCCUUUCUUCGUCAGUUGCUGGAGAGGCGGCGGGAUUUGCGGAGAAAGCAGCGACAAAGCUGGAAGAGGUGGAUUUCGAAAAGCUCGCCGAGGAACUGGAGGCGGCCUCUCCGCUGGUGAUCAUCGACAAGGCGCUGGAUUUGUUUGGAAACGACAUCGCCAUCGCAUUCAGGUAACCAAGAUUAGAGGACUGACGCGCGAAGGAGCGGUAUAUAUUUCGACAUUAAAGAUACUAAUCGAAUUGAUUUAACCGAUAAAUCUUUUGGGCAAGCAUGAGAUGAACGAAUUUUACUAUAGAUGAGCGAGUUUUAUAUUUAAUAAAAGUAGCGAAGAGAGAAAAGAACUGGCGUGAAGUGUGAGCUUCCGUUUGGUUAAUCGGGAGUUCUUCUCGGUUUUCAGCGGCGCAGAGGAUGUGGCGCUGAUCGAGUAUGCCUGGUUAACGGGGCGGCCCUUCCGCGUGUUCAGUCUCGACACAGGCCGGUUGAACCCGGAGACGUACCAGUUCUUCGACGCCGUGGAGAAGCACUACAACAUCCGCAUAGAGUACGUGUUCCCUGAAGCGGUGGAAGUCCAGGGCCUCGUGAGGAACAAGGGCCUGUUCUCCUUCUACGAGGACGGCCACGAAGAAUGCUGCCGAGUGAGGAAGGUGAGGCCUCUGAGGAAGGCUCUCAAGGGCCUCCGGGCCUGGAUCACGGGCCAGAGGAAGGAUCAGUCUCCAGGCACCAGAGCCAGCAUACCCGUAGUUCAGGUGAUGUCGAAACCUCCUCGGACUUGCUCAAAUUCUGUCGGAACUACUGCGGAUGAUAGAAGACAUAAGUUCUCUUCUGGGCAUGCAGGUCGAUCCCUCCUUCGAAGGGGUAGACGGUGGGGCUGGGAGUUUGAUCAAGUGGAAUCCAGUGGCUAACGUUCAAGGCGGAGAUAUUUGGAAUCUACUACGCAUCAUGAAUGUUCCAGUCAACUCUCUCCACUCGCAGGUAAUUUUCAAGCAGAGUUUCGUCAGGUUUUUAGUAGCACGGAUGCAUUGAAAUUCAUAGGAAAUCGGUUUUAAAUCAAAUUGACCUCGAUUUAUUGAAAGUAAUACUUGCUAUUACAAUCCGACAUUGCUAGAGACGAUGUGAUCGGUCUGAUUAAACUAUAUGCCCAUACUUCAGAUCACUCUCGUUGCUUCUUACACUAAAAACAUUCGUACUGUAUAGCUUCCUGGUGACCGAUAUGCUAUUGUUUUUGCGGUUUUGCGGGGGUACUCCAGGGGUACGUGUCGAUUGGCUGUGAACCCUGCACCAGGCCCGUACUUCCCUGGCAGCACGAGAGGGAAGGGAGAUGGUGGUGGGAGGAUGCCAAGUCGAAGGAGUGUGGUCUCCACAAGGGCAACAUAAGCGAGGAUGAGGCGACGCCAAAGACAGGUAACGGGGCCGGUCCGGCCGCCGCAGAUCUCUUCGAUGCGCCGGGCAUUGUGAACCUUAGCAGGCCCGGGAUAGAGAACUUGCUCAAGAUUGGGGGAAGGAAGGAGCCAUGGAUUGUUGUGCUGUACGCGCCCUGGUGCAGCUUCUGCCAAGUAAGAGCCUUCCAUCCUUGUCAUCUGAGCUUCCGAUUUUUCUGCAGAGAUUCUUAAUCGAUAUCUUCUUCCUUGUUGCGGAUCAGGAAAUGGAGGGUUCUUACGUAGAGCUGGCGCAGAAGCUGGCUGGUUCAGGCAUCAAGGUGGCCAAAUUCAGGGCAGACGGUGACCGGAAGCAGUUCGCGGAUCGGGAAUUGCAGCUGGGUAGCUUCCCCACGAUCCUCUUUUUCCCCAAGCACACGGCGAGGCCCGUCAAGUACCCCACCGAGAAGAGAGGCUUGGAUUCGCUGUUAGCUUUCGUGAAUGCCCUCAGUUGA